AUGGCGCUGUUGGGGAUUGCGAUUUUGUGUCUUCUUCUCGUGGGGUUUGUGCUGCCGGAGACGUCGAGGGGGAUUGUGGGGAAUGGAGGGAGGCCUGCGACGGGGGUUUGGCGGACUUGGAUAUCGCUUCUCGGACGGAAGGGUAGCGAGCAGUCGGCGUCUGCUGUUACGGAGCGAAAUGCGAUGCCCAAGCCUUCCCAGACACUCUCGAGAAUCUUCGACUCGAUACGCAUGAUCCGGCAUCCGGACGCUGCCGUGAUUCUCUGGAUGGUCGCUUCGUCCUACGGAAUCUACUAUACCUUCCAAGUGGCCCAUUCCGUCAUCUUCAAAGACCUAUACAACUACAACGAGCUACAAAUCGGACUAAGCUUCCUACCUGCGCUGGCUGGCAUGACAAUCGGCGGGACGAUAGCCGGCAAACUCAUGGACAUAAACUACGCGCACCACGCGCGUCAAGCCGAGAUUGUCGACCCAGCAAAUAUCCUGGAUUUCCCGAUCGAACGCGCUCGGUUCAGGAACAUGGUUCCAUUGAUUCUAAUCGAGACGGCACUGGUGAUAGGCUAUGGAUGGACGGUGCAACAACACACUCACCCUGCCGUCCCUCUUGUACUGGAAUUCUUCGUUUCCGCACUGGCUACGCUGCUGAGUCAUACUGCGAAUGCGCUGCUCGUGGAUGUGUUUCCUGAAGUACCGAGCACGGCGUACGCGUCGGGUCAGCUUGCGCGAGGGGCGUUUAGUGCUGCGUCUGCUGCUAUCAUUGAUCCUCUGGUGCGCGCUGUGGGUCGCGGAUGCGAGCCGCGAUUCUGGACAGAGCGCGAGUAA